ACGAAGCAUGGCAGUAAGAUUGCACAGUAAAAUAUGUAACUCGCGAGUCAUCAGUCAGCUGUGGUCGUUACAAAGGAACAUUAGAUAUAUAAAGUUCAAGGAAGUGAUUCGCUGUAAUCCUUGGUAUCAGACGUGGCAGGUCAAUUACUUUAGAACUACAAUGGAGGAACCCUCUUUUAUGUUGGCUGCAGACAGUGAUGUUGAUGAAAUAGACCUACAAAAUGUCAUGAUUAAAAUACGUCGCAAAAUGAAACGUAGAUUCCAGAAGAAAUGUGAAGAUGUGAUAGCGGUUAAUGAAACGUGUGUUGAUGAUGAUGUUCAAAUAAAACCAAAUUCUCUGUUAAAUUGUGACAAUGGAAAUGAUUUGAGGGUAAAUAGCAAUGACAGUCCCGCUGAGCCCUCACAGACAUCUGGUGAUAUUGGCCCAAAACAGGAGAAAAAGAAACGGAAAUUGUCAGGUAGACUGGAAAGAAUUCUUAAUCAUCACAUUGAAAACAAAAAGAAAAAAAUGCUUGAUGAUGAUAAACGAAAAGAUGCUGAUGAAAAACACAGUGAUGUGAAGCCAAAAGAUGCAGAUGAAAAAUACAGUGAUGUAAAAAUGAAUACAAAUUCUUCCAUGUCAGAGAUAACUUGUCAAAACAAUGAUGGAGAUGAAGAAACAAGGAAUGAAAAAUCAAUACCUUCCCCGGACCAGUACUUAGCUCUGGACUGUGAAUUUGUUGGAGUCGGGUUUAAAGGAUCGAUCAGCAGAUUAGGUCGCUGUAGUAUUGUGGAUUUUCAUGGAAAUGUGGUUUACGACAUGUACAGUUGUCCCGAGGAAUAUAUUACUGACUAUCGUACACGCUACAGUGGCAUCACAGCUGGUCACAUGACCAAUGGUAUCCCUUUUGAAGUCGUUCAGAAAGCGGUGAAAGAUCUACUGAAGGACAAAAUUUUAGUUGGUCACGGUCUCCACAAUGAUUUGAAUGUGCUAAAAAUAGAACACCCAGGAGACAUGAUCAGAGACACUCUUAGUUACCAGGGUUUGAGGAAGAAGGCAAAGGAAGUAGGAUGUGAAAAACUUGCUCUGAAGUUUCUCGCCUGGUAUCUUCUUAAGAGGCGAAUACAGUCCAACACCCAUUGUUCAGUUGAGGAUGCUACGGCUACCAUGGACGUGUUCAAACUGGUCAGACAGGAAUGGGAGGAGUCUUUAAUGCUGCCCAAAUGUAAUUCGGACAACGACGCAAAAACUCAAAAGCCAAAGCUUGAAGGAAGUGGGAAAGAAAAGGAACUGUCAGAAUAUCUAGAUGACAAGUUUUGGCCUGAGGACCACGAGAUGAAAAAUGUCUCUAGUGACUUGGUAAACACUGAUUUGUUGGAGAGUGAUAAGCUGGAGGGAAACCAGGAUAGUUCUUUACCUGAAAAAUCUGAAGAGGAAUUGAACCCUGUCUUGUUGUUGAAUAAUAUAGCUCUGAAGAUGAGAUGGGAGAAGCUGGAUUACCGUUUUGAGUUACAACAGUCAGGAGAGUUUGUUUGUAAGGUUAUGAUAAGUGGAAAAGAAUAUCAAUCCGCGCCUUGCUCUAGUAAAACCAAGGCCAAAACGGAAGCUGCUCAGUCCUUCUUUUUACAUCAUCAGAGAUCCACCAGCGACGACAACAUGGAUGUAAUGAAACAUUUUAUCAGCACCAACGAGGCCAAAAGCAAGGCAGGUUCAUUGGAGGCUGAAAACUUUCCUGAACAGUUCCUCCAUAAUUACUGUAUACAAAGGAAGUGGGGAAAACCAGUGUAUAAGCUGACAGAAAUGUCCAAGGGAAAGCUGUUUGUGUGCAAGAUAAUUAUAGAAAAUCAAGAAUUCCAAGGAACAGCAAAGCCCUCAACCAGAAUGGCCAAGACAAGUGCAGCAAGGUUCUGUAUAUCGGAGCUAAAGCGUAUCGGCUACAUUAUCCCGUAAAAAUGUUAACGGAAUUUAAUCCUGGUAGACUUGACUCGGAAGCGGAUUGUGAUUUUCUUUCUUUUUCUUUUUGAAAAAGGAAAACAUUUGUCCUAUAAGGGACGAGCUGUGAUUGAGGAAAUUGGAGCUGUGAUUGAGGAAAUUGGAUAUUUAUGCUGAAAUCUGUUGAAUUAAUAACAGUUGCAAUAAAUUCCAGGAUGCUAUUUCUCCCAAAUCUUCCAGGGGCCAUAGGACUGGUAUUCAGGAUAGCCAUUUGCUAUUGGAGAAAGACUGCAUACAUAAAAGCAUACACCUGUGUACUGAACACAGUUAUAAAUUAUUUAUGGUUAAAGUGGUCCGAGUCCGAUUCCCCUGGACUUGCGUAUCAGUGACAAUUAUAUAUAUAAUUACUAGCCAUUCACUGUAGUGGGUCACCGAUACCAGCAUUCGGUUGUGGCGACUUGAUAUUUUGACGUUGAUUAAUGUCUGGUAAAUAUGACAAAUAAAAUUAAUUGUUGUUAUGUUU